AUGAGAAGCGAAAUCAGCCUAGCAGUCGAGAACAUCAACACUUUAAAGGACACCGUGAACAAAAUUCAGCCUGGGACUCUAGUUUUCCCCUCCGAAGACUUGUACCCUAAGUGGGACGUCACGGGACCUGCUCCAGACGACGCCCUUAAGGAAUUCACAACAGCAGAACUGGAAACCCGAAUCGAGAAGUGCCUCAAACAGAAAGAGACACCCGCUUACAGUGGUGAGGAUUCGGACGACAUCGAAGUUUUCGCGCUUAAUAUGAUCUCUUGGUACGCAGCGUACGGGCUCUAUUUCAAAAAUCCGCAAGUCGAUCUUCGCGUGGCCCAGUUGAUGAUGAACCACACACGUGGCAAGGCAAAAACCUGGUAUCUUUGUGGCUUCAAAGGCACCAAGACCUGGACAGCUAUCCUUGUGGCUAGCUUCUUUGACUGUAAGCAGGGAACGAGAUCUCUGGACGUGUACAUGGAGGAAUUUGUACGCCUUGGUAACACAGAUGAUGUCUCUGAGCAGUACAAGAUGGUUUUGUUCAAGAAAGGACUCAAAUCGACUAAGCUGCGUGAGCUUCUCCAAGUUCGUGAGUUCGACUCUUUGGACGAUCUUCUAGAUGGAGCUCGGGGCCUUAACCCCAAAGACGCUGAUACUGGACCGGCAAGGAUCAACGCCAAGCCAGCAAAGAAACCACGGUGUUCUUCUACUCGGUGUCUUGAAACCGGCCAUACAGCCGACACGUGCUGGGCAUUACACCCCGAUUUGAAGCCGCAGUGGCUUCUAAACAGGGAGAAAGCAGGGUACAAUAGCAUGGCCGCGCCUGCACCGCCAAUCCAACUGCCUUCUACGACCGACACUAAGCUGUGGGAAGUGCUCACCGCUAUUCAGACUGAUCUCCAAUUUAAACUAACCGGUCCUACGGAUGGCAUCCUAGGACCUGACGAAGCCAAUGACAAUUUGGACUCGUGGGUCUUUGACCCGGGAAAAACCAACAAUGCGAAGUACUUCGUGGAGAAUACCCAAGUCGCUACGGAUUGGAGUCGCAACUUGAUCAAGGAGGUUGGUUGCGUGUGCAAUGGCGAGCUGCUGACUCGUGGAUCGGCCUUUUUUGAUGAGGGCGCCGAUUUCUGUGGCGUUAGUGAGGAGUUCUUGCGGAAGAAUGAGCUGAUCGACUUUGUGGUCGACAAAGGGACCUUCGAGGUCACGUUUGGAAAUGGAAAGACGGAGUCCAUCCCGAAUCGCACUAUCUCUUUAAGUAUUUUCGUUGAUGAGAUGUCUUCUUUUGACUUUGAAUUCAAUGUUUGCCUGAUUCCGAAUGGGUGCGAUUUGAUGAUGGGGGUUCCGUGGAAGAGGAAGAUGCAGCCGAUUAUUGACUAG